GUGGUGUUCAUGGCCAAACAACGUCUACAAAUACUAUUGUAAUAUGUGAUGAUGUCAUUUUGUGCGUUGCACCGAAAUUAUGUGGUUGAUGACAUCAACAACUUAGUUUGUGUUACACAAACUUGUGACUAAUUCUGUACGUUCAGUGAAAAGUGAUAUAACUCGAAUAUAUAAAUUUUUGGGAAAUCGCAUUUAAAGUAAAGAAAAUCCUGCUAAAUGGCUAUUGGAGAUGACGCGGUGAAUUUCUUUUUUUGGUGAUAGAUAACAUUAGGAAUAAUCAGAUUGACCGCCUGGCCAGCCGUACAUAAUGGCUUUAUGGAAAAUUAUCGCUUUCAUGUGGGCAGUUUCCGUCUAUGCAGAAUCAAAAUGGGACUAUCGGCACAAGCGUGAAAUUCUCACUUCUAUAUGCGAUCCAGUGCAUAAUAACACAAAUAAGGUCCAAUGUUACUGCGGCCGUUUAUCUCAUCAUCCGGACCAAAUAGGCACUGCCGAAUGUUAUCAGACAGCAAACAAUCUAACCUUAAACGAUCCUGGCUGGGAGAAGUUCAAAAUAUUGCAAAACGUCAGCAGGCUAACACUAACAAAUACUCGAGGAAUAGCUAUGAACUACAUACCAACUAAUGCCCUUAUAUAUACUAAAGCAAUACUGAGGUUGGAUGUAAAGUACUGCAAUAUAGAAAACAUACACCAAUAUGCUUUUGCUAACCUAAGCUUGGUUGAAGAGCUCACUUUAAGAGACAAUCAAAUCAAAAUGAUGGUAGCAAACUCAUUUGCUCACCACGUAAGGCUUAAAACUAUCAGCUUGGAUCAAAACAAUAUUGCAGAAAUAAACCGCAACGUAUUUGUUGAUUUGCCAUCUUUGGAACAAUUAUUCUUGACAGCUAAUAAAAUAACCACUAUUCACGACAAGGCAUUUGUGCAUUUAACAAAUCUUAAAGAACUUGAAAUAGAUAAGAAUAAAAUAUUCAGUUUAAAUAGUGAAACUUUUUCUGGUUUGAGAAAUUUACAAAAACUAGAACUAAGUGGUAAUAAUCUAGAAGUAGUUGGAGAUAAUACAUUUGCGCCUCUCGUUAACCUGAGAUUUUUGAAUUUAGGUGACAAUAAAAUUCAAAUGUUGGAUGAAAAAGCAUUUAACGGACUGUCAAGGUUACAGGUGUUGUCUUUAGAAAAUAACAAGUUAUCGACUCUUGCAAAUGAAAAAGUUUUUGAGGGAUUACAGAGUCUUACAUCCUUGAGUUUAAAGAAUAAUGAAGUGAAAGCUAUAAAACCAGAAGUAAUUUUACCAAUACUUAGCAAUUUUUAUGGAAAAACUUCCUUAUUGAAUAUAGAAGGGAAUAGAUUGGAUUGUAACUGCCAAAUCGAUGUUUUCAAGCCUCUUUUAAAUAAAACACAGAAUGUGCGUUUAAGUAUAGAUCUUCAAAAUCUUCAGUGUUAUCCAAGUGAGGAUAUCAAACGUAAAUGGGAUAAAGCACAAGAGAGCGUGAAAAAUUCUGGCCAAGUCUUUGAAGAUGUCGAACCACAAGGAGAAAGUGCUGCCUAUGAAUAUUACGAUGAUACUGAACUAAAUGGAACUCUAUUCUAUUUUGAUAUGAGGUUCAUAUUAAACUGCUCUGGUGAAGAAAAAACUACACCGAGUGUAACUGAAAUAAGUUUAGCACCAACAACGUUACCUGCACAUGUUGCAACGAUUAAAGAUUUAAACAUCAAAAUAUCUACUAGUCCUACUUCAGGUGUUAUUUCUACAACUAUAAAACCUAUUACUAUGAAACACAUUCUCAAUGAAAUUGACAACAAAGGUACUUUAGACUUAUCAAAGGCUGCAACCGCUACAGGACAUUCCAAGAUAAGCGGAAAAUUCAAGCAUGAUGAUAAUAAUAAUAAAAUUCAUAGUGACAAUAAGGAAUUAUUACUACAGGAUGGGAAAUACGAUAAUAAAAGUGAUAAAAAAGACACUGUAUAUACAACAACACGCCUUGCUACUGUAUCAGCUAAGCCUAUAGAAAAUAAACAGUAUGAAAAUAUGGCUUCCGAUGAAGCCAAACCAGAUAGAUUAAAAUCACAUAGAAACAUAGAAGAAGAAAUGGAAGAUCCACCUAAAUUUAAAAGUAAUAAUGCGCACAGAGAUGAGAUCUGUAUACUUUUCGUUGUAACAAUAGUAUUUAAUUUGGGACUACUUUUGUAACUAGGCUUAUUUAGUCGGUAAUAAUUUUACUCAUAGUACCUAUUAUUUAAUAAAAUAUCUCACAGUCAGUCAGUAAAAUAAAUAAAUAAUGUUUAAGAC